ACCAUCUUCCGUUGCUAGGAUACAGUACAUUCCUCAGUCGCUUCUAUAACUGCUGUAACAAGAAGCGUUUGGUUGAGGAUAAACAGAUUUAAACUGCAGUCAGGCGAUUAUUUUCAGUCUCUAAACGACGAAUUUGAAGUUUUCGCUGCGCAUUUACUUGGUUACUUUGUGCUUUUAGUUGUUUAAAAGCCGAUUUACGAGCUGCUGGUAGCGGUUAGCUCGGGCUAAAGCUUCGCUAGUUCUGCUAGGUUUGCUUUCGGUACAUCAGGUAACGGUUUGAAGCUGAAGCUGCUGUAACCCAGGUACCACCCGAAUCUCCUCAGGCAGCUGUGACCCAUGGAGCGGACCGACCGGGGAAAGGACCCCCAGCUGCUGAGGAACCAACCCUACGACGAGAGUCUGGACGUGGAGGACGGAGAGGAGGUACCGAGUGUCUACAGCCCGACUCCCCGAGGACAGAGACAGACCGAGUGGAGCAGCAAUAAGGUUCUUGGCAUCAUGUCCACCAGCAGCAGCAGGAUCCCGCUGGAUGAGAAGCACAGACCUGUGAGGGCCACAGAGCUGGCAGGGCUGAAGCCAGGGCCCGGUCUGACCCAGGAGGAAGAGGAGGAGGAAGAAGAGGAGGACUCCGAUGAGGAGGAGUCUGAUGAGGAUGAUGAUGACGAUGAGCCCACUGAAACUCUGGAGGGAGUGUACGACCCUGCAGACUACUCCAACCUGCCGGUUACCACGGAGAUCAGAGAGCUGUUCCAGUACAUCACCCGGUACUCUCCUCAGAACCAGGAACUGGACCUCUGCCUCAAGCCCUUCAUCCCGGACUUCAUCCCAGCUGUAGGAGACAUCGAUGCCUUCCUAAAGGUACCGAGGCCAGAUGGGAAACCAGACAACCUGGGCCUACUGGUUCUGGAUGAGCCCAGUGUGAAGCAGUCGGACCCGACGGUUCUGUCUCUGUGGCUGUCGGAGGAAACCAAACAGCACGGAACCACAGAGCUGAAGAAGGUUCCGAGCGUGGCGGGCCCGCGGACCAAUCCCCGGGCCGUGGACAGCUGGGUGGAUAGCAUCAGCGCGCUGCACCGGUCCAAGCCACCGGCCAGUGUGCGCUACAGCAGAACCAUGCCGGACCUGGACAGCCUGAUGCAGGAGUGGCCCCCGGAGGUGGAGGAGCUGCUGGGGGCCCUGCAGCUGCCGCCGGCCCGCCUGGCCUGCAGCCUGCUGCAGUACGCCGACCUGGUCUGCAGCCUGCUGGAAAUCCCCGUCCACGGAACCAGGGUCCAGAGCCUGCACCUGCUCUUCUGCCUCUACCUGGAGUUCAGAGACUCCCAGCACUUCACCAGCCGAGUGUAGGCAGAGGUCAGAGGUCAGGGGCCACAGCCCCAGCUUAGUGCUGCACCGGUUCUGAUGACUGAGGGGUUCUGGUUUCAGAUUAUUUCUCUGGUUCUGCUGUCCAAUAAAGGGUGAGAGCAGGAGAACCGUACAGAACCAACUGGUUGUGGUUGGAUAGCAGGUGAUCAGCAUCACCAUGGCAACAGGUUUUACAUCCAGGAAGUUUGACUUCAUUUCCUGAAGCAUUGGAGGAGUGGAACCAGAACCCGGUCAGAACCACCAGCAGGGAUGAAGGAGCAGAACCAGAGAAAUCAUCGUGACUUCUGUUAAUAAUUAAAUUUGUUAAAUAAAACCUGAACUCUUAACUAAGGUCGGGUUCUGCAGAGUUCUGCUAAGGACUUCAUGAUCUGAUGGAGCAGACGAAGCGCAGUCCUGAACCUUAAAGCACUUCUGGGUCACAUUUUUUAUUUUACAAAUAAAAUUACAAAACUAA